UAUGAACUAUAAUUUAAAUAAGUACACAUGUACACAGAUAUCUCUAUAUACAUAGAAUUAUGAAAAUCUUUUAAAUCUUUUUCUUACAUUUGAUUUCAUAUUAUAUAUUAUUUACAUUUGUAAUUUACUAUUAAUAUGAUCUGAUUCCGAAUUUUGGAUUAAGUAACGGUGAAAUCAGAUUUUUUGGAAGAUCCGCGUGCAUUAUUUUUGUAAAAUCUCCGAAAGUAAACUUUUAAUAGAAUGACCACCAUAAAUUUGGAAAAUUUCCACAAAAGAGCAACCGAGGCGGAAAUAGAAAUAGCUCUUUUAAGGAAAGAAAUUGAAUUUUUACGACAAAAUGUCACAACUAAUAAUUUUAUGAUAAAUUCUGUGCCUAUAGAUGAAUAUGUAAAAUUAGAACAAGAAAAUAUUAAAUUAAAAUACAGAGUGGCUAUCCUAAAGAGGACUGUCAAAGCUGAAAGAGCAAAGUUAAGAAACAAAUUGAAAAUGACAGAGAACAAUGUAAUCAGUAUAUAUGAUACGCUAUCUAAUUUAUUUAAGGAAGCAAUCUCAAUUGCAUAUCCUGAUGUUUGUGACCCUCCAGUAAUUAUAACAUCUAGUAAUAAUCCAAAAUUUGGAGAUUACCAAUGUAACAGUGCCAUGCCACUUUCUAAACAACUCAAUAACAAUGAAAUUCGAACAAAGCCGCAAGAUGUUGCAAAGAACAUUAUGUCAAAAGUGGGAGAAUCAAGCUUAAUCUCCAAGUUGGAAGUCAAUGGUGCAGGUUUUAUAAAUAUAUAUUUAAAAAGGGAAUUUGCACAAUCAACCUUAAACACAUUAGUAAAAAAUGGGGAAGCAUUUCCACCAUAUACAAAAAGACAAAAAGUAAUUGUAGAUUUCUCUAGUCCCAAUAUCGCUAAAGAAAUGCAUGUUGGACAUUUAAGGUCUACCAUAAUUGGAGAUAGCAUCGCAAGAUUGUUAGAAUUUUUAGGACACGAUGUAUUGAGAAUAAAUCAUAUUGGUGACUGGGGUACUCAAUUUGGAAUGUUGAUAGCGCAUCUUCAAGAUAAGUUCCCUGAUUAUUUAUCUAUCUCUCCACCUAUUACGGAUCUUCAAAGUUUUUAUAAGGAAUCAAAGACGAGAUUCGAUGGAGAUGAAGAAUUUAAAAAGCGCGCUUACAACUGUGUUGUUAAGUUGCAAGCAUUUGAUUCUGAUAUGAUAAAAGCAUGGCAACUAAUUUGUGAUGUUUCCAGAAAAGAAUUCGAGAAGAUAUACACUCGUCUAGAUAUCAAGUUGAUAGAAAGAGGGGAAUCUUUUUAUCAAAAGCAUAUGGAAGCUAUAGUAAAAGAUUUAGAAGCGAAAGGGCUAUUAGAAGAAGAUGAAGGACGAAAAGUAAUGUGGAGCAAACAGAAUAAUGAAAUUCCUCUGACCAUUGUAAAAUCCGAUGGUGGUUUUACUUAUGAUACGUCAGACAUGGCAGCUAUUAAGCAACGUAUAGAAGAAGAAAAAGCAGAUUGGGUAAUAUAUGUAACAGAUGCUGGUCAAUCUAUGCAUUUUCAAGUAUUAAAGAACUGUGCUAAGCGAGCAAGUAUUAUAGAAAGUCGUCAUAGAAUAGACCACGUUGGAUUUGGUGUAGUUCUUGGCAAUGAUAAAAAGAAAUUUAAAACUAGAUCUGGAGAUACAGUAAAAUUAAGUGAUUUACUUGAUGAAGGUUUGAAGAGAGCAUUAGAGAAACUGAUAGAAAAGGAACGUGACAAAGUACUUACGGAAGAAGAAUUAAAAAUUGCUCAAGAAUCUAUUGCUUAUGGGUGCAUAAAAUAUGCAGACUUAUCGCACAACAGAAAUCACGAAUACAUAUUUUCUUUUGAUAAAAUGUUAGAAGAUAAAGGCAAUACCGCAGUGUACUUGCUAUAUGCUUUAACAAGAAUACGUUCUAUUGCAAGGGCUGCUAAUAUUUCGCAGGAAAAAUUACGUAAAAUAGCAGAGGAUACUCCAAUUUCACUAGAACACGAGAAGGAGUGGAAGUUAGCCAAAGUAUUAAUUAAAUUUCCUGAUGUACUAAUAAAAAUUACAAACAAUUUAUAUUUGCAUCACCUCUGCGAGUAUUGUUACGAGAUUUCAUGCGCUUUUUCGGAAUUUUAUGAUAACUGUUAUUGCGUUGAAAAAAACGAACUUGGGGAGAUAGUGAACGUAAAUAUCGGCCGUAUUUUAUUAACAGAAGCUACUGCAAUUAUAAUGGAAAAAUGUUUUUCGAUACUAGGCUUAAAAUCAGUUACACGUAUGUAAGCAUAUUUAUAUAAACGUAUAAUGUGGAAUAACAAUAAAAUCCGUAUUGUUUAUAAAGAA